GCUUCCUAUUAUUCCAUGAAAGUGCAAGUGAACAUGCACUCUUAUUUAACUGAAAAUGAAUAUUCAGGGAGCACAAGGUGCUGGUCUUCUUUCAUCUCAAGAUACAAGUUCUCAAGCAGGUCCAAGCAGACAGGAAAUUCUGAGUGUACCUGUUUCUUCAGGUACAACAUCUGCAUGCCUUGGAGCCGGUUCAUCGUUGCAAACUGAUCUUGGUUUGCUCUCAAUUACUGCCUCUGAUUUACUGUCUGAAUCUGAGAAACAACUAUGCCGUGGUAUGGGAUUAGCUCCAAACCAUUCUCUUAAGAUACAGGUGGACAUAACAACACAAAUUAUGAGAGGCAAUAUCGCUAAGAAAUCUGAUGCUUUUUCCUUGUUUCCUGUGGAGCCAACCAAAACAGAUAAAGUUUAUGAUGUGCUUGUGAAGAAGGGGAUUGCUCCACUGUAA